GUGACCGACUGACAGAGUAUCUCUGAUAACUUGUGCUCCUCUUUCUCAUACUGUAAUGUCAUGAUAUUAGUCAUUGCCAGCCAACUCUCUCUACUCAACACAAAAAACCUUCCAUCUUUUCAGACUCCUUUUUCCUCUUUCUUUAAUUUAAUCCUCUGAACAAAAUCGCCUUUUUUCAAGAACCCAUUAAUACUUCCCUCUAUAAGUGUAGCAAGUUAAAAAAAAAAAAAAAAAAAAAAAAAAAAAAAACUAGAAGAAAAAACUUGAAUCUCUCUUCCCUUCACUUUUUAGACUCCUUUUCCAAGAUUUUCAAGACCCCUCCCUUUUCAAGAGUUCUUAUUUUUUCUUCAAGAUUUUCAAGACCCUUCCUUUUUAAGAAUUCUCAUUUUUUUCUCCAAGAUUCCUCAUUGUUUCUCCAAGAUUCCAAAACCCCAUCAAAAUUUUCUUACAUCCAAGUAGAAUUUAUCAGUAUGGGAAGAAGUUUUUGUGAUUAUUUUCCAAAAAGAUCUCCAUUUUUCUAUAAGUGAAAAAAAAAAAAUAGAAGAAACUUCAAUCACUUCUCUUCACCUUUUGCACUCAUUUUUCAAGAUUUUGAAGCCCCUUCACCUUUUAAACUCCCUUUUCAAGAUUCCUCAUUGUUUCUCCAAGAUUUCAAAACCCAAUCAAAUUUUCCCUUAUCUCCAUUUUUUCUAUAAGUGAAAAAAAUAGUAAUCUAUCUCUUCUUUUCACUUUUUAGACCCCCUUUUCAAGAUUUGUCAUUGUUUCUCCAAGAUUCCAAAAAUCCCAUCAAGAAGUUGUGAUUAUUUUCCAAAAUCUCCAUAUUUUCAAGAAAGCACAAGAAACAAAAAGGGUUUAAGGAUGAGAGAGUAUUGGACAACAUUAGCAUCAAUGAUGGGUAUUUGGGCAUUCAGUCAAAGCCUCCUUAGUGCAGUGUUCCCACCAGAACUCCGUUACGCUAUUCUCAAAUUCAUGCAUAGAAUAUUUAGCUGGUUUUCAGCUUACUGUUACUACGACAUAACGGAGAUUGACGGUGUUAACACCAACGAACUUUAUAACGCUGUUCAGCUCUACUUAAGCAGCUCUGCUUCCAUUACUGGUAACCGUUUGUCUCUCACAAGGGGCCUCAAUUCCAGCAACAUUACAUUCGGGUUAUCAAAUAACGACUCGUUAAUUGAUUCAUUUAACGGCGUUAAGGUCUUGUGGGAACAUAUAGUUACCCCAAGAAAUUCUCAAACAUUUUCUUGGCGUCCAUUGCCUGAAGAAAAAAGAGGUUUCUUGUUACGUGCUAGGAAAAAAGAUAAGGCUAUUGUAUUAACAUCUUAUCUUGAUUUUGUCAUGGAAAGAGCUAAUGAAAUAAGAAGGAAAAAUCAAGAUAGGUUGUUGUAUACUAAUUCACGUGGAGGGUCACUCGAUUCCCGAGGACAUCCUUGGGAAUCGGUACCCUUUAAACAUCCCAGUACUUUCGCUACACUUGCUAUGGACCCUGAGAAAAAGUCCGAGAUUAUGGAUGAUUUAUUGGAUUUUGCGAAUGGAGAAUCUUUUUAUCAGAGAACGGGCCGGGCCUGGAAAAGGGGUUAUUUGCUAUACGGCCCGCCCGGGACAGGCAAGUCUAGUAUGAUUGCUGCUAUGGCUAAUUUUCUUGGUUAUGAUAUUUAUGAUCUUGAAUUAACCGAGGUGCACACAAAUUCCGAGUUGAGGAAGUUGUUGAUGAAGACUAGUUCAAAGUCUAUUAUUGUCAUUGAGGAUAUUGAUUGUUCUAUCAAUCUGACUAACAGGAAAAAUAAUACUACUAGUAGUGGAGUGAACAAUAGCAACAACUACAAUGUUUCUUCACCACCAGGGUGCGGUGAAGAAAAUGGUGGGAAUACAAUAACACUUUCGGGUUUAUUAAAUUUUACUGAUGGAUUGUGGUCGUGUUGUGGGAGUGAGAGGCUAUUCGUGUUCACGACGAACCACAUUGAGAAGCUUGAUCCGGCUUUAUUGAGGAGCGGACGAAUGGACAUGCAUAUCCACAUGAGCUACUCUUCCUUCGCGGCGUUGCAAAUUCUUUUGAAGAAUUACUUGGGAUACGACGAACAUGAUGUGGAGGAGAAAAUAUUGGUGCAAUUGGAGAAGGUUAUUGAGAAGGCUGAAAUGACACCAGCUGAUAUAAGUGAAGUGUUGAUCAAGAACAGGAGGAAUAAAGACAAGGCAGUUUUGGAAUUGUUGGAAGCAUUGAAGAUAAGGGCUGAGAGGAAUACUAAUAAUAGUAAUGCAGUAAAAUCAAGGGUGGAGGAUGAAGAGCAAGAGAAAAGGGCAUUAGUUGAGAGUCCUAAAGAAGGUGGUGAUCAAUUGUUGGAAGCAAAAUGUGACAAGGAAGAAAAAGGAGGUCAUGAUGCAAAUGAUGAUGAAAAGGUACUUUAGUCUAAUACUACUACAAGGUUAAAACAAAAAUGAAAAUUUUUGAUUCUUUAAAUCUUUGUGGAGAGGAAGAGAAUAGGGAGAAACAAAGAGACUAGAAAGUUUGCUGUUUGAAGAGUACAUUAUUUACUAUCAUGACAGUGAAAUUUUUGUGAAAGAAGGUAGGGACUUGGGGUUGGGAAAAGGCCAAAUGAAAUGACUGUAAGAAAAUUGCAUUGUUCUAUAUUGCUUUUGAUAUAAGUUUAAAUCUAUUUUGGAACUUGCAAAAUAA